AUGGCCGAGAUAGACGCCAUCCUGCAAAAAUACACGGACAGCGAAACUGGCAGUAUUCAUGGCGCCAGUUUCGUGGCUGUCGAUGCCAAUGGCAAUGAUAUAUAUCGAAAAUCAUUCGGCCAUCAAAAAGUUGACGUAAAGAACUCACCACCACUAACACUGGACACGGUGACAUGGAUCGCCAGCCAAACAAAGCUCACCACAUCUGUGUCAGUGAUGCAGAUUGUCGAGCGGGGAUUGAUUGGACUCGAUGAUGAUGUACGCGAAGUUCUCCCCCAGCUCAAAGAGCUGAAAGUCCUGCUUGGUUUCGAAGCCGAAGAUGGCGACAUCGUGGAGCCUGAGCCCACAAGCGAGGAUAGUGAACGGGGACCAUUUAGCAACAAAUAUCCCCCCAAACCUAAGGGAAAGCCGAUUUUUGAGGAUUUGAAAGGUCCAAUUACUUUGCGCCAUCUCGUGACGCAUACUUCUGGGUUGUGUUAUGACCUAGCAAGUCCACUUUUGAUGAAGUACUCUGCGUGGAUUGGUCGCCAGGAGAACAUGUUCUCCGGCACAAUCGAGGGUUUCUUUCAUCCACUACUCUUCCAGCCGGGCACGUCCUGGACGUACGGUCCCGGACUCGAUUGGGCAGCCAAAGUAGUUGAGAAACUGACAGGGCUAGAAUUCGACGAAUAUCAACAGAAGAAUAUUUGGCUGCCUCUCGGUGCUAGGAACACGACAUUCUUCCCGGCGAAACGUGGCUUGACCCAAGAAGAUAUUCACCAAACGGGAUCUCGUGCCAAAGGCAAAGGCUCUCAAAAUCUCGAACCUGGAACGUGCGUUUGGAAAUUUGAGUGCCGCGAUGCUUUGGGAAGCGGAGGGCUGUUCUCCACCACCAACGACUACAGCAAGCUUCUUGCGGCGUUGCUCGGCGGGGGAGGGCCGCUCCUUAGUAAAGCCUCAGUUGAUGAGCUUUUCCGUCCACAGAUCGGGCCCGGUGCUGUCAAAGGGCUACGGGAGUUCAUCAUUGGCACCAAUUUGGAUAACACUCAAGCUCCGAUCUGGACAGGCUCUGCUGAGGAAUGGCAGGAUGUGAUGGAGCUGCAGCAUUCACUGUGCGGAGUUGUGAACACUGAAGAUGUCAAGGCUCGCAGGAGGAAGAACACGGUUCAUUGGUCAGGUUUUCCGAAUUUGAUAUGGUAUAUUGACCGGGAGAGUGGUGUCGCGGCGACAUUUUUCACUCAGCUGAUACCAGUCGGAGAUCGGCCAGCACGACAAAUAUGGCUAGAUUUAGAGGAGGCUCUGUACAAGAUUGUCAACAAGAAAUCGACACAGGAACUCACUGAGGCAAAGCUUUGA